CCUCAUCAAACCAAGAUUCACAGACUCUUUCUCUUCGUUUUUCCCCAAAAUUAUUUUCUUUAAAUUUAUAUAAUUAAUUCAAAAAUCAUAAAUUUACCGGAUCUGAACUACUCGUCGGCGCUUAAACCCGUCUUCUUCAUCAAUCUCCGAAACCCUAAAAGUUACCAGAAAACUCAACUGAUUGCUCCUUGAGUUGGGUUUGCUUCGGUAAAGAUCGAAGAGCUUUCCUUUUUCUUGUUCUAUAGCUGAUUUUUUGAAGUAAUGUCCUGAAUUUUGAGGAAGUCAUGGCCUCUAAAGGUCCAAGGUCUAGACUUGAUCAUGAGACAAGGGCCAAACGGCAAAAGGCACUUGAACCACCCAAGGAACCCCAGAGGCCCCGAACACACUGGGACCAUCUUUUAGAAGAGAUGGUGUGGUUAUCAAAGGAUUUUGAGUCUGAGAGAAAAUUUAAAUUAGGCCUGGCAAAGAGGAUUGCCAUAAGGGCCAGUAAAGGUAUGGUGGAUCAAGCUACAAGAGGUGAAAGAAGAGUGAAGGAGGAAGAGCUUCGGAUGAAAAAAGUUGCACUUAAUAUUUCAAAGGAUGUGAAGAAAUUUUGGACGAAAAUCGAGAAGCUGGUGCUAUACAAGCAUCGAUUAGAGCUUGAUCAAAAGAAGAAAAAAGCACUUGAUAAACAACUUGAAUUUCUUCUAGGCCAAACAGAAAGGUAUUCAACAAUGCUGGCAGAGAACCUUGUAGAUUCGUCUCCACGUCAGCAUGUCCAGCUGUCAUCUGUACAAGAACAACGACCUGCCAUUGAAUAUAAAGAUCAGAGUGAUGUUAAUGGGUGUGCUGAACCAAAUGUUGAGUCCCAGUCAAAUAUUUUAGAAACUGACGAAGACUACAAGGCUGAAAAUGAACCUGAAGAUGACGAGCAUACUCUUGAGGAAGAUGAAUCCCUCAUAACAGAAGAUGAAAGGCGAGAGGAAUUAACAGCUUUGCAAAAUGAAAUGGAUUUACCCCUUGAGGAAUUACUUCGUCGUUAUACUGUUAAUGAAGAAAGUACUCCAGGAAAGACUGAAGGUGAAGCAGAACUAGCCCAUGCACCAGAGGACAACUUAUUGUGUAAUGGAAAUGACAAUUCUGACCCCGGAUUGAAAGAGAGUCGUCAUUGUGCUGAAAGUAAUGGUGGAUUAUCAGUUUUAGAAAAUCAUCAUCCAGAAGUCAAAGAACAUUAUGUUAGAAAACGUAAAGGUCUUAAGAAGCAAAAAAAAUAUUUGGAAUUGGACUUCAAUGAUGAAAAUGAGGAUGUCGACUUUGUACUUGCGAAUGGAGAGGAAAAGGAUGAUGAAACGACCUUAUUGGAGGAAGAAGAACUAGCAAAGACUGAAAAUCAUGAUUCAGUAGAUGAGCUUGCAAUGUUGCAAAAGGAUAGUGAAAUUCCAAUAGAGGAGUUGCUUGCAAGGUAUAGACAGGAUCCUGAUACUCUUCAAAGUGAUGAAAAUGAUUCAGGCUCCGAAAUUGAAGUUCCCGAUCAGGAAGAGAAGCCAGAUCAGAUUGCUGACGAUGGCGGGGAGAACGAUGACAUCAUCGCUGACGCAGCAGCAGCCGCCAGGUCAGCACAGCCGACAGGGAACACCUUUUUAACAACCAAAGUCAGGACAAAAUACCCUUUUCUAUUAAAAUUCUCUCUUCGUGAAUACCAACACAUCGGGUUAGAUUGGCUUGUAACAAUGUAUGAAAAAAGACUUAAUGGGAUUUUAGCAGAUGAAAUGGGGCUUGGGAAAACAAUCAUGACAAUCGCGCUUCUUGCACACCUGGCAUGCGAAAAGGGUAUAUGGGGCCCACAUCUGAUUGUGGUCCCCACAAGUGUCAUGCUCAAUUGGGAAACUGAGUUUCUAAAAUGGUGUCCCGCUUUCAAAAUCUUGACAUAUUUUGGAAGUGCAAAAGAACGGAAACAUAAAAGACAAGGGUGGUUGAAACCGAAUUCUUUUCAUGUUUGCAUCACAACCUACAGACUCGUUAUUCAAGAUUCCAAGAUUUUCAAGAGAAAAAAAUGGAGAUACUUGAUUUUGGAUGAAGCCCAUUUGAUAAAGAACUGGAAGUCUCAAAGAUGGCAAACACUUUUGAAUUUCAACACAAAAAGACGCAUACUUUUAACGGGUACCCCUUUACAGAAUGAUCUCAUGGAGUUAUGGUCUCUAAUGCAUUUCUUGAUGCCACAUAUUUUUCAAUCUCAUCAAGAGUUUAAAGAUUGGUUUAGUAAUCCAAUAACAGGAAUGGUUGAAGGCCAAGAAAAAGUCAACAAGGAAGUCGUUGACCGGUUGCAUAAUGUUCUCCGGCCGUUUAUACUCCGGCGACUGAAACGGGAUGUUGAAAAACAAUUACCUUCAAAACAUGAACACGUUAUUUACUGUAGACUCUCGCGUAGACAACGAAAUCUCUAUGAAGAUUUCAUUGCCAGCUCAGAGACUCAAGCAACCCUUCAAAGUUCUAACUUUUUUGGGAUGAUUAGUGUUAUAAUGCAAUUAAGAAAAGUUUGUAAUCAUCCGGAUUUAUUCGAAGGUCGCCCGAUUAUCAGUUCGUUUGAUAUGAAUGGAAUCGAAACCCAAUUUUGUUCUUCGGUUUGCUCGGUUCUUGAAUCCGGUCCGUUUUCAACCGUUGAUCUUACAGGAUUAGGGUUUGUGUUCACUCAUUUUGACUUUGACAUGACAUCAUGGGAAACCGAAGAAGUUGAAUCAAUCGCCACACCUUCUGAACUAAUCAAAUCACGUGUAGUAGAAGAAUCCAUGAGUCGACUCGAGAUCAAGACCGGGUCAACCGGGUUUAACAUCUUUGAAGAGAUUCAAAAAGCGCUCAUGGAAGAGAGACUCAAAGAAAUGAAAGCACGGGCCGAAUCGGUUGCAUGGUGGAAUUCGUUGCGGGCCCGUAGAAAACCAAUGUAUUCAACGGGUUUACGGGAAAUUGUUUCGGUGGAAAAUUCCAUUUCUACCCUUACGGGUUUACAUGACAUUGUGUUUUCUCCUGUUGACCGGUUCAAUCAGAUGGCUGACCAGGUUGAAAGUUUCAUGUUCGCGAUCCCGGCUGCCCGAGCACCACCACCGGUCGGGUGGUGCAGCAAACCGGGCACCACCGUGUUUGUCAACCAAGAUUAUAAAACAAAAUGUUUGACACUUUUGUCCCCACUAUUAACACCGAUCAGACCCGCCAUUGUCAGGCGGCAAGUUUACUUUCCCGAUAGGCGGUUAAUACAGUUUGAUUGUGGUAAACUUCAAGAGCUUGCGGUUUUGUUAAGAAGGUUAAAAUCGGAAGGUCAUCGGGCUUUGAUUUUCACUCAAAUGACAAAAAUGCUCGAUGUUUUGGAAGCUUUUAUAAAUAUAUAUGGGUACACUUACAUGCGGUUAGACGGGUCGACCCAGCCCGAAGAGAGGCAGACAUUAAUGCAACGGUUCAAUACAAACCCGAAGUAUUUUCUUUUCAUUUUGUCAACCCGGAGUGGUGGGGUCGGGAUUAAUCUUGUCGGGGCCGAUACGGUUAUUUUCUAUGAUAGUGAUUGGAAUCCAGCAAUGGAUCAACAAGCUCAAGAUCGUUGUCAUAGGAUUGGGCAAACACGUGAAGUGCAUAUUUACAGAUUGAUCAGUGAAAGCACGAUUGAAGAGAAUAUUUUGAAAAAGGCGAAACAGAAACGGGCUUUAGAUGAUUUGGUGAUUCAGAGUGGGGAGUAUAACACUGAGUUUUUUAAGAAGCUUGAUCCGUUGGAGUUGUUUUCCGGUCACGGGAAGAAUUCCGGUUCUGGAGUUGCAAUUCCGGUUCCAGUUCCGGUUCCGGUGUCGAAUGCCGAUGUUGAGGCGGCGUUGAAACAUGCGGAAGAUGAAGCGGAUUACAUGGCGUUGAAGAAAGUGGAGCAGGAAGAGGCGGUGGAUAAUCAGGAGUUUACUGAAGAAGCGAUUGGGAAACUUGAAGAUGAUGAGCUUUUGAAUGAAGAAGAUGGAAAAUUUGAGGAGUUGGGAACGGGACAGGUGGAGGGUAAUAAUCGGGAAAUGGUUAUUUGUAGCGACCUGAAUGGGGACCCGGGUUUGACUUUGGUCAAGGGUGAUGAUGGUGAUGAUGAUGACAUGGCGGAUGAUGUGAAACAGAUGGCUGUGGCGGCUGCAGCCUCGGGGCAGGAGAUUUUGUCUUUUGAGAAUCAAUUGCGUCCGAUUGAUCGGUAUGCGGUUCGGUUUCUUGAGAUGUGGGACCCGAUUGUUGAUAAUGUGGUUAUUGAGUCAAAGGAUAGAUUUGAGGGAGAGGAAUGGGAGUUGGAUCAUAUUGAGAAGUUGAAGGAGGAUAUGGAAGCUGAAGGUGAUGAUGAUGAGGAACCUUUAGUUUAUGAAACAUGGGAUACUGAGUUUGCUACUAAAGUAUACCAAGAACAAGUCAAAGCAUUGGCUGAACAUCAGUUGAUGGAAGAGCGUGAAAUGGAAGCUAGAGAAAAGGAACUUGAGGAAUCUGACUCACUGAAGAAUGAACUGGUUGUUAAGAAACCAAAGUCAAAGAAAAAGACGAAGAAAACAAAGUUCAAAUCUCUGAAAAAAGAAGCUUUAUCAUCCGAAACAAAGCCAAUAAACAUAGAAUCACCAAUAGAAUUCGAUGAUGAUUAUGUUGACGAUGAAAUAAUUUUUUUAAAAAAACGCAAAAAACCUUUGGACGAAUCCACCUCAGAAGUGAAGAGUUCUUCCAAAAAGUCAAAAAAGCCCAAAAAGACCCCCGAACCAAUCCCAUUAGACAUGGAUUCAAAUUCCUUAAUCAAGCAACAAGAUGAACCGAGAGAUUUGAAACCGUGUGUAAAUAACAAUCUUGAAAUUGAUCAUAAACCGGUCAUUAGGGGCAAAACGGGACUAAAAAUAACGGUCACUACGAUGCCGGUGAAACGGGUGAUGACUAUAAGAUUGGAGAAGUUGAAGAAGGGAAGCAUAUGGCCUAAUGAUUGUGUCCCUACGCCAGAUUCUUGGUUGUCAUCGGAGGAUGCUAUGCUGUGUGCAGCUGUACAUGAAUACGGUGUGAACUGGAGUUUGGCAAGUGAGAUUUUGAAUGGGAUGACAGCUGGCGGGUUUUACCGGGGGAUUGUAAGGCACCCGGUUCAUUGUUGUGAGAGGUAUCGAGAGCUUGUUCAGAGACACGUGUUGUCUAUUUCUGACAAUAAUGUUCAUAAUGAAAAAGCCAGUAAUGUUGGUGUUGGGAAAGCUCUUCUAAGAGUAACUGAGGUAACAUUCCUCAAUUCCAAUGCCUAUAAUUUUUUGGUGGUUUUUAUAACAGUGAGACAUUUCUCUAAUGUAGGAGCAUGCAAAAGACGUUGUUGGAUAUGGUGUCGGAACUUCCUGAUCAAGCUUACACUCUUCAAAAGCAUUUCUUCCACCUACUCACAUCUGUUUGGAGAUCAACCACUCGCUCCGGUCACCGGAAAACCCCAUUGUCUCUCAGAACCGGGCAGCGGGUAAACCAUACCUCUCGUGAUCCGGUCAGGCCACAAUCGGAAAGAAUGGAGUUCACUAACCUAAGGCAGAUUAGCAGAUUAGUAUCCGAUGCACUUGAAAGUUCUCAAAAUAUACCAAGGGAAGAUAGGGUUUCAAGUUUUAGUGAAAGACGUGAGGUUCGAUCUGUCGGGCAGCUGGGAAUCACUCUCGAGUUUCCUCCGGGCAGAGAUGAUCAAAGUGUUCCGUUGCCUUCGGUUGUUUCUUUAUCCAUAAAUGACACGGAACCUGUGCUGCCCGAAAACCUGCCCGUGGGCGGGAAUCAUUGUUUUAGAUCAUCCAAGGAUACCGUUGAAUGCCGAUUCAGGGAUGCAUCAAGAGCCGCCAUUGAUGGUGGUUUAGGUUUGCCGUCAUUGGCUUCUCCGGCAACCGAUGUCAAGUCCCGGACACCAGCCAAAUCUCAAUUAUCCGGAAAGCAUCAUCGGAAUCCCGAAUUACCAUCGAAGUCGUCGAAAUCCAAAUCAAGGAAAGCAAUCACGGAUUCCAACGAAGCUUUUUCCCUACUCCGUGAUCCCAAUUUACAACCAUCGAUGCCACCCAUUAAUUUGUGUUCAAGGUUUGAUACGGAUACGGAAUCUUCAAUGGAUGAUUUUCUAAGUGCAUCUUCGAUCGAUUUAGGCAAUGAACUCUCGUUUGAUAUAGUGCCCCAUGAUUAUGACCCGGGAUUCACCUCGGGUCUUGAAGAUUGUUUGUUAUCUCGGGAGUUUACUGAUAUUGGAUAGGGUUGGAAUUAAGGUAACCAGGGUGGUGUGUUUUGAUGGGACCCACAUUGUGUAUUGUUUGAUGACCUGGCGGGCAGGUGUUUUUGGGUUGGUGAAAGAAGAGAAAGACUAACUUGGUGUAUCUGGAAUGCUGACCGGACCGAAGAUGGGGCACGCGAUGAUGAUUCUUGGAAGAUUACAAGAUUUUGCACAUAAAAUGUAACAUUGUAUAGCAUGUGGGCCCGUUAACAUUGUAACUUUUUUUUUCCGGUUGGUUGGUUGGGUGGGAAAUCGUGCUCUUUAGUUAUCGGGUUUUGGUUGGAGAAUUGAAUUAUUUUAGGCACAUUCCCCUCUCAUAGUGUAGGAUUAGAAACAGGAAAUUAGUCUUUGAAUGAAAAAGAAAUUUAUUCUCUC